UUUGGGCUCGACCCUGUGUGUAUACGUAUGUGUAUGGUUUAUGCUUCGUUAGAGGUUGUUCUAAAUUACAUUAUUGUUCUCUUUAGCGUUGAGUUCGUGCACGGAUUAUGAAAGCAGUUUAAUAAUUAAACGCUUUAUGUUCUGAAGGAUAACAGUAUGGAUGCGGUGAAAGCUUUCAACUCUGAGAUGGCGUCCAUGCUGGAUAUGAACCCGCCGAUCUCUCGAGCCAAAAUGAUGUCCAUUACCAAAGCUGGGAUGAAGGCAAUUAAGCUUUAUAAACAUGUCGUCCAAAUCAUUGAGAAGUUCAUCAAGAAGUGUAAUCCCAUGCUGAAGGUUCCAGGCCUGUACGUGGUGGAUUCGAUAAUCCGACAGUCGCGUCAUCAGUUUGGAGAAGAUAAAGACGUGUUUGGGCCGAGGUUCCUGAAGAACAUCAGCGCCACCUUUCAGAGCCUGUAUGAGUGUCCUCCUGAUGAUAAGGACAAGAUCCUGCGUGUGUUGAGUCUGUGGCAGAAGAACUCUGUGUUCAGUAUGGACGUCAUUCAGCCGCUGGUGGACAUGGCCUCGGCGCCGGUGGUGUCUGUUAUGGAGAACGGUUGUAUGCUCAGAGCUGAAGCAGGUUCUCCAGCUGAAGCAGUAUGCGUUCAGCCAACACCAGAACCGUCCACACUUCCUGGACCUCAGAACCCAGUAGAUCAGCAGAACAACGUGACGCUCGCUGCUGUGGCUCAGUUCCUCCAGUCUGCUCAGGGGCUCGACCUCCAGCAGAUUCUGCAGACUCUCCAGCAGGGAGGUGCUACACAGGCUAGCACUGCUAACUCCACCCCUGUCCAACACAAUAGUUCAAUCGCCAAGGUACUGCAGGACCGAUUCGACUAUGAUGAGGAACCAGAUGUCGAGGAACCACAGCUGGCGGGAAUGUCUCCCGCUUCCUCCAUAAAAUUUCGAGAUCUGCAGCAAACUCUUCAGGGCCGCCUACUCGGCCAACUUUCCAACCAGGCUGAACAAACCGCAUCCAACCCCGAUGACCCCACCACUUGCGCCAUUACAGAACCUAACACGGCUGAAUCGGGACACUCCUGCAGAGAUGACCGAGACAGAAGGUACAGCCGGAGGUCACGGUCAAGGUCACCCAGGAGGCGCUCGUUGUCUCGUUCUCUCUCUCAGUCUCACUCGCGACACUCACGGUAUAGGCGCUCUCGUUCUCGUGAGCGUCGGAGGAGUCCACCGAGAUCACGUGCAGAGGACAGGAGGGAGAUGGAGAGGAGGCACAAAGGACUCCCACCUAUGAGGAGAGAAAUGGUCAGCGUGUGCAGCACGACUCUGUGGCUCGGUCAGCUGGACAAGAAAACGCAGCAGCAGGACGUCACCAGUCUGAUGGAGGAGUUCGGCCAGAUCGAGUCAAUCAACAUGAUCCCUCCCAGAGGCUGUGCCUACAUCGUCAUGGUUCACAGACAGGACGCCUACACGGCUCUGAAUAAACUCAGCCGAGGAAACUCCAAGAUCAACCACAAAUCCUUCAAGAUCGCGUGGGCGAUGAACAAAGGUGUUGGAGGUCGCUUUAAGAAGUACUGGAACAUGGAGCUGGGCGUGACCUAUGUCCCCUGGCAGAAGCUGAAGGAUACGGAGGUAGUGGCUUUGCAGGAGGGAGCGGUGCUCGACCAGGAAACACUCAAACCAGAGUGGGCCUCGUUGCUUGCCGAGCUUAAACCCGUUAAACCAAUUGGAGACUGCGGAGAGGGACCCAAAGGAGAAAGCGAGGGCGGAGCUUCAAUCGAGUCACAGGUGCCUGCUGUGAGCACAGAGCCCGGCGUCAAGCGCAUAAACGCCCUGCUAGCUGACCCUGUGGAGCCUCCAUCAGAAAACUCUAUCAGCAGCCCCCCGAGACAGACUGGACCGUUACCUCUAAAUCGUCCUCCUCCUACAUUUAUGCCUCCAUUUCCCAACAUCCUGCAUUCUCCACCCAACGUGCCCAGGGCUCCUAUGUUCCGGAUCAGGUUGCCCAUGCCGGUUCCAAAAGAUCCUGCUGAAGAUUUCCUACAUCCAGGCAUCAUGGAAGCCGAACACUGGAACGGCAGGCCUUUCAGAAACGUCUGGCACGACAACGGACCACCCAGAGGGCCACCCACCUGGUUUGGCCCAGAGCCUCCAUUCAGGCACAGCGGGUGGAGCAGAGGAGGUCCCUGGGGUCACGGACAAUUCAGAAACUGAUGCUCCAAAAACAACCCUUCAAAUAUCUAAGACUAAUAAAAACUCAUGUCAAACUAACCCCCCCCCCAAAAAAGGAAGGAGUUCAGAAAAACUUCCUGUUUAGGAACCUCAUAAUUACAAAAUAAUAAAUAUCUACCAAAAUUACCAAAACAUUACAGGAUCAUACAAAAAUCCACCAAAUGAUUAAAAUGUAUUUAUUUUUUAAAAAGAUUUCUAUAUGUUAAAAAUAAAUUCCCAGUAUUCUACAAAAUUCUCAUUAUUCUCUAAACGUCACAAUUACAACAGAAUGUCUACUGACAAUCUGCAAAGAAAUCCACAAAAUUACUUGGAUUUAUGUAUUGAAAAGGCCGAGAAAUUAUAUUCAACAAAGAAAAUUCCCACAGGUCUGUAAAAAUUUUCCAAAUUUCGCUAAACAAAUGAAAAAAAAUGGGACCGUUUCCAAAACGUUACUGAACUUUACAAAAAAAAUCCACAAAAACAUUUUUUUUAACUUACCUGAAUUUCAAAAACCCCAGAAUUUCUUUACAAAGUCUUUGCACACUUGAACUAAAUUUCAAAGAUAACCUCCACUAUGAAAGUUCACAUAUUUUUUAUAUAUAUA